AGCAUCCCGAUUUAGCCGCUGUAUUUCCUGCUUGCUGUUCCCACUCGAAGCGAUGGCACAAGUGAAAGCUUCCCUGUUUUAUGGAGUUGUAGCGGCUUUCCUGAGUUCGGCGGUGCUCGCAUUUGUUGAAGACCUGGAUGACACAUUCAAAGACACAAGAGUGAACGACGUCUGGCUGGUUGAUUUCUACGCACCGUGGUGCGGCUACUGUAAAAAACUAGAGCCGGUAUGGCAUGAUGUGGGAGCUGAGCUGAAGAGUUCUGGGUCGCCGGUCCGCGUGGGAAAGAUGGAUGCCACUGCUUACUCUGGAAUGGCGUCAGAGUUCGGUGUCCGUGGUUACCCCACAAUAAAACUGUUAAAGGGUGAUCUUGCCUAUAAUUACAAGGGGCCAAGGACAAAAGAUGAUAUCGUAGAGUUUGCCAACAGGGUGGCAGGACCGGCCGUCCGGGCACUUCCCAGCAAGCAGAUGUUUGAGCACAUGAUGAAACGGCAUGACGUGCUCUUUGUGUAUGUCGGUGGGGAGUCUCCCCUUAAAGAGAAGUACAACGACGUAGCCUCUGAGCUCAUUGUCUACACUUACUUCUUCUCAGCGUCGGAGGAAGUAUUUCCAGAGUCAGUAACUUUGCCAGAGCUUCCUGCGGUUGUAGUCUUUAAGGAUGGAGGCUACUUUACCUAUGAUGAGUACGAAGAUUCUAGUUUAUCAUCAUGGGUGAACAAGGAGCGCUUCCAAGGAUACCUCCAAAUUGAUGGCUUCACACUAUAUGAGCUUGGAGAAACAGGCAAAUUGGUGGCGAUUGCAGUCAUCGAUGAGAAGGACCCCACAGAGGAGAGUGGCAGAUUAAAGACCUUGAUUCAGAGGGUGGCGAAGGAAUACAGAGAACAUUUUAACAGGGACUUCCAGUUUGGCCACAUGGAUGGGAACGACUACAUUAACAGCCUCAUUAUGGGCGAGGUGUCAGUGCCCUCCGUUAUCAUCCUCAACACAUCCAACGAGCAGUACUUCCUGCCCAGUGAGCCGAUUGAGACCAUGGAGCAGCUGGUCCAAUUCAUCAACGGUGUUUUGAACGGCUCUGCACAGGCGUAUGGAGGCGAUGGCGUCAUUCAGAGGAUCAAACGCGUGGCCUUUGAUGCCAGAUCCACCAUUAUGUCAGUGUUUCGCAGCUCUCCACUGCUGGGCUGCUUCCUGUUCGGCCUACCGCUGGGUGUAAUUAGCCUGAUGUGCUAUGGCAUCUGCACGGCUGAGUCGGAUGACGGUUCGGAUGACAUCGACGCGCUCAAGAGGGAGGGCCUGACUGACGAGGAGGAAGAAGAGGAGGAGGACGGCAAUGGCGCCGCUGGAGCUGGAGGGCCCCGAAGAGGGCGAGAACGAGGAAGAUGAUGCUGGAGAGAAGGAUCCCGAGGAGAAGAAAACUGAUUAACACAGGGGCUCCCGUCGGAUAGAGGAUGAUAGGCCUAGUCAAAUGCAGUGACAUGAAACUCAAAGACAUAUAAAUGUAUUACUGUUCUGCUUCUUUGUCUUUCAUAUCACCCCCCCCAAAAGCCCCACCAGCACAGACUGUUCUCCCAUCUUUGAGUUCUGUGUCAGUUUAUAACGUCAGCUGUGAAGCCAUCGAAUCAUGUUUAAAACUAACAGCCUUUUUAAUGAUGGAGUGUAAACACAUAAAGUUCAAGAGAAGGCUUGGCUGUGAACCAAACAUACCACUUAUUUAUUAUGAUUCGACCAGUCAGUGGUUUAUUCCAUGUAAUGUGUGACCUUUUCUCAUUGUUAGGUUGUUGUUUUGUAACCACUUAAAUCUUAAAUGCCUCUUAAAUCUUCUUUUUUGUCAUAUCCCAACCGCUUCUAAUUUUUUGUUUUUCUAGUUUACUAUGAUAUCCUAGAAAUGGUAGAUUAUAAUAGAUAGUAGAUGAAUCCAGCCUUCAAACUGAAUACAGACAUUUUGUUCCCCUCUUCCCCAGACCCAAAAUGUAGAUUUAUCAUGUAUAGUGAUUGACAAGUGUAGAAAGCAAAGGAAGUGCCCAGGAAGGAAAAUCUGCCAUAAAUGAAUUGUGCUUUU